AUGUUUGACGGUUAUGAUAGCUGCAGUGAGGACACAAGCAGCAGCUCCAGCUCCGAAGAGAGUGAGGAAGAAGUCUCUCCUUUACCUUCUAAUCUCCCGAUUAUCAAAAACAAUGGGCAAGUCUACACAUACCCAGAUGGUAAAUCUGGCAUGGCUACCUGCGAGAUGUGUGGGAUGGUUGGCGUCCGAGAUGCUUUUUACUCUAAAACAAAGCGUUUCUGUAGCGUUUCAUGUUCAAGAAGUUACUCGUCAAACUCCAAGAAGGCAAGCAUUUUGGCCAGACUUCAGGUAACGGGUAAGCCUCCAACAAAGAAAGCAAAAGUUCUUCAGAAACAACCUUUAGUUGCUAAGCUAGCCGCAUAUGCUCAAUAUCAAGCUACCUUGCAAAAUCAAGCAAAGACAAAAGCAGCAGUCUCCAUGGAAGGUUUCAGCUGGGGUAACUACAUCAAUAGCAAUAGCUUUAUAGCAGCUCCGGUUACCUGUUUUAAACAUGCACCUAUGGGGACCUGCUGGGGUGAUAUCUCAGAAAAUGUGAGAGUAGAAGUUCCCAAUACAGACUGCAGCCUACCUACCAAAGUCUUCUGGAUUGCUGGAAUAGUAAAAUUAGCAGGUUACAAUGCCCUUUUAAGAUAUGAAGGAUUUGAAAAUGACUCUGGUCUGGACUUCUGGUGCAAUAUAUGUGGUUCUGAUAUCCAUCCAGUUAGUUGGUGUGCAGCCAGCGGAAAACCUCUUGUUCCUCCUAGAACUAUUCAGCAUAAAUACACAAACUGGAAAGCUUUUCUAGUGAAAUGACUUACUGGUGCCAAAACACUGCCUCCUGAUUUCUCACAAAAGGUUUCAGAGAGUAUGCAGUAUCCUUUCAAACCUUGCAUGAGAGUAGAAGUGGUUGACAAGAGGCAUUUGUGUCGAACACGAGUAGCAGUGGUGGAAAGUGUAAUUGGAGGAAGAUUAAGACUAGUGUAUGAAGAAAGCGAAGAUAGAACAGAUGACUUCUGGUGCCAUAUGCACAGCCCAUUAAUACAUCAUAUUGGUUGGUCUCAAAGCAUAGGUCAUCGAUUCAAAAGAUCUGAUAUUACAAAGAAACAAGAUGGACAUUUUGAUACACCACCACAUUUAUUUGCUAAGGUAAAAGAAGUAGACCAGAGUGGGGAAUGGUUCAAGGAAGGAAUGAAAUUGGAAGCUAUAGACCCAUUAAAUCUUUCUACAAUAUGUGUCACAACCAUUAGAAAGGUGCUAGCUGACGGAUUCCUGAUGAUUGGGAUCGAUGGCUCAGAAGCAGCAGACGGAUCUGACUGGUUCUCUUACCAUGCAACCUCUCCUAUUUUCCCUGUCGGUUUCUGUGAAAUUAACAUGAUUGAACUUACUCCACCCAGAGGUUACACAAAACUUCCUUUUAAAUGGUUUGACUACCUCAGGGAAACUGGCUCCAUUGCAGCACCAGUAAAACUAUUUAAUAAGGAUGUUCCAAAUCAUGGAUUUCGUGUAGGAAUGAAAUUAGAAGCAGUAGAUCUCAUGGAGCUACGUUUAAUAUGUGUAGCCACAGUAACUCGAAUUAUUCAUCGUCUCUUGAGGAUACAUUUUGAUGGAUGGGAAGAAGAGUAUGAUCAGUGGGUAGACUGUGAGUCCCCUGACCUCUAUCCUGUAGGGUGGUGUCAGUUAACUGGAUAUCAACUACAGCCUCCAGCAUCACAGUCAUCAAGAGAAAACCAAUCAGCUUCAUCAAAACAGAAGAAAAAGGCUAAGUCCCAGCAAUACAAAGGACAUAAGAAAAUGACGACACUGCAGCUGAAGGAGGAAUUGCUGGAUGGAGAGGAUUAUAAUUUCCUUCAAGGAGCAUCAGAUCAGGAAAGCAAUGGCUCUGCCAACUUCUACAUCAAACAAGAGCCAUGA